AUUGUGAAUCUGUCCGAACUGGGCGGGUCGCAAAGAUUCGCAGCUCAUACCGACACCAUGCACAGUCACUCGCAGAGCGAAUCGAUGCCGUGCUGCGAAGACGAGGUCGGCAAUUGUGGGAAGAGGAUGAGGGUUAGCAGUCGCGAGGAUGCAAUCUCGAAUAUUGGAUUUGGGUGGAAUUAGCAAAGGUUUUCGAGGACACGGGAGCGCAUGCGAAAACCGUCUGGAUGAACCUCUCCUCCUCUCAUGCUCGGAACCCUCGUCUGGAUUGGGAAUUGCACAUCUGCAUGAUCGAUUGCGUCGGACACGAAAGCCUCGCUGCCCAUUAUCAUGUUUUUGGAGGUUUUCAGGGUGGGCUCUUGCGAUGGGGUUGGAUUCCGAGCUCGGGUUCUUGAUGUGGGUGGAUUACCAGCGGCUGCGGCAUUUCAUGGAGCAUUUAUAUGCUUUGGAAGAUAAAGAUGCGCAGCUAUGAAACAUAUUCUUUUUUCUAAUGGAAACUAUCUUCCCAUGAAGGAUUUUCUUGCAAGGAAGGUGGAAAUUGUGUGCCUACUCUGUUGACUGAAGCGAACCAAAGUAAUGAGAAAUGUGAGUGGAGAGAUGGAGGAGUCCGUCACGGACACGAAUCAGAAAGAUGGGAAAACUAACAGGCUGGAGAUUGACCGGGAUGGCCUUCAAAUGCUACGAUUGGCACACGAGGGUGACAAGGCAUUGCUCAGAGGCCUUACGUUACAUGGAUCCGAAGAAUCGAAAUACCAGCAGGCAGUUGCUGAUAAGUCCCCACUCACGGAGAGUGGUCAUUUCAAGCACGAAGUUAAGUGUUUCCAGAUUUCCAAGCCGUUGAUCAGAGUGGAUCACUCUGACAUCAGUCACGAUGAUAGAACCUUGGAGGAGCAAAUGACGAAUGGUGCCGAGUUUGAUCAAAGUUCAAUAUUUCAGAAUACAUGCAAGUCAGAUGCUGCGAUUAGGAGAAGUGAGGAGCUCAAGGAUGUGGAAGGAGUGUGUGUGGAGCGGAAACCGGCACUUGUGAAGAAGGAAGCCUCCGAGAUGAGUGACUUAACAGAGCGGCAGCAGACAAUUCCUGAUGAUUUUCAUGUCAAGUUUGUCCUUGAUGGAGUUGAUAUGGAAGAAGAUGACGAGGUGAGGGCUAGGAAGCAUUUCGAAUUUGUGGAGUUGAAGAAACGACUAGAGGAGGAGGAGAUUAUGUACGCGGGUUGCGCAUUGGGGGAAGCAUCUAAUAUCGACGCAACUGAGAAGGACCAGAUUGAAGCCGAUCAAGUGAGGGCCACCAUGGAUGGUGUGAUCAACAGUCUUGCAGGGAUAGCAAUUUGCAAGCCAGACUCAAGCCUACGAGUUGAUAAGAAGCCUCUUUCUAAAUCCUUGAAUAUCAACAAUGGAAUGACAGAUCUGGCUGAAGAUAAAUUUACGGGGCCUCAAGCGUAUACGAAUCGUGAGGGGAGCGGAGGGUGUCUGUGUUGCCGAAAAGCAGUGAAACAGAUAGACGAGGGGAAUGCAAGUGAUGUGUACAUGACAAACUCCUUCUAUUCAUCGCUAAAUAUUGUCUGCCCAAUCUGCGGGAUUCCAGUGGUUGAUCUCGUAGACCCAGUUCGAAGUGAAGAUUGUGAACACAUCUACGACCGAGCUGCAGCUCUCAACUACAUUGCAACAAAGAGGAAAGAUGACGUUUGCCUCUGCGCAGCUUCAGGCUGCCGCGCGUCGUUGGCCGAGAACAAGCUGGUUAACGAUAGCCGCUUGUGGCAAGACAUUGCAGAGCUCCGCCAGAUCAAGGCAGCCAUGUUGGAAAGUCGCAUGUUGCAGGACUUCGCGAACAUUGAUGACAGUGAUGAUGACUGAGAGCCAGCAAUGGCAACUUUGCGAGUAGGGUCGAUAACACUCUUGCUGUUAAUCUCUGACAACGCAGAAUUCUACUGCCAGAAUUUGAUCCUCUCUUCCUCCUAAAGGAUCCGCAUCAAUUUUAGAAACCCCCCUGCUCAAAUCCUAACAGUAAAUGUGCCAGGGUCAUUGCAAGUACUCCAGAGCUUCACUUUAACUCAUUUCGUGCUGGACUUGUGAAGAAUACAACAGCUAAUGAACUUGAGAUUCAGCUUCUAGGUUGACAAGCUAAAAAAAGUAAUUACAGUUAACUUUUAAGCUGAGCACUAUGUACAUUUUGUAUCAGUAAUUGAAUUAACUGGAGAGUUCAGGAGCUUUACUAAUUGGCAAGAUAAAA